CCGGUUAUCUAUGUAUGACCAACGAUGCUAACUAUGUUUAUGGUGAUGUAAUAUGCAAAUGGCUAUCGUUACAACAUGAUCCCAAACGACCACAACAGAUUCACAUUUUGAAUGAUAAGAAAAUUAUUCAAGUCGAUUCGGGAAAAGAUUUUGUUGUCGUUUUAACCGAUGAUGGACUAGUCUAUCUAGCCAGUGGUAAUUCGAGAUGGCAGACGAACAAAACUUUGCGAUUGAUCUCCACCGGAAAUGAUCGUUUUGAAAUGAUAGCAUGUGGACAGAAUCAUUUGAUGUUGUUACGACAAGAUGGCACUGUUUUCGCUUUGGGAUGUAAUCAAUAUGGUCAAUUGACCGGUAAUUCAGAGUCAUCGUAUAAUACUCUCGUGAAUACUGGUUUGAAAAAUGUCAAAAUAAUAAAUGGUGGAGCUGGCCAUAGUCUUGCUCUCACCAAUAAUAAUCAAAUUUAUUCCUGGGGCAGUAAUGUAUGGGGACAGUUAGGUCUAGGGCGAACAAAUGAUCGAAAAAGACCUUCACUGGUUUCAUUUCCUGAUGGUUCGAUAGAUAGUCCAAUCAAAAAUAUUGUGGCCGGCAUAUUUCAUUCAUUAUUUUUAUUUGAGGAUGGUCAGAUUUUCGGAUGUGGUCAUGGUCCACAAAAUGCAAAGGCGCCGAUAAAAAUACCAAUUGAAAAAGUGCAAAGUGUGGUUUGUAAGAAUUAUCUCAAUUUUUCAUUGGCUUUGGAUCAGUCAUUACAUUAUUAUGCAUGGGGUUGGCUGGAUGAUAGAUUCUCGUUAUCACCCAAAAAAUUGGAUGGUCAACCCAAAUCAUUUGCCGAAGCAUCA